ACUGUCAAAUCAAAGUGUACUUUAGGGUAGGGAACUUAAUUGUAAAAGUUUUUCAAUUUUCCCUUUUUUCUUUUAAAAUCCGCGUUCUGAAACGAAAAGUGCUAAAUAUAUAAACAUUUAAAUAAGUAUAUUAAUCAUGGAUCCUCGAGAUAAUGGAUCCCUAAUAGCUUUGGAACAUUUAAUGGAAGAAUUUUUUAAUCCACAAACAAGUAAUAGUAGAAAACAUGACAUAGAAAUACAAUUGAACUACUUUAAGUCUUUGCCACAUCUGUGGAGAUACUGCAUUUAUUUCAUUACUAACACAUCCAGCCAAUACGUAAAAAUGUUUGCCUUAUCUACAUUGGAGUCUGUGAUAAACCAACAAUGGGCUAACACUGAGUGGUCUUCUAAAGAGGAAAUAAAAACUGUACUGCAAAAUUUUCUAGUAGAAAAUGGACAUUCUUCCCCACAUUUUUUUUAGAACUAAAUAUGCUAAGCUACUAGUGGAUAUAGCUAAACAUGACUGGCCAAGUACAUACCCAAACUUUUUUAACAAUAUUCUAGAGUUAUUAAAAGCUGAACCAAGUCAAUUAGUGGGAUUGAUUUUGCUAAAAACAAGUAGUGAGGAGUUUAUGGGUAUACAAGCAACAUAUGAAAGUAGUAGAAGGAAAGACGAAGUUCUAAGACUGUUACAACAAUACAUUCCUGUAGUGUUUGAGAUGUUGACAAACAUUUUAGACAAUCUAGGUACAAAACCCCGCCAUACUUCCACUGCCACACCGCCGCCUUCACCCGCACAUCCAUCAUCGUCGCCGACUUUGUCACAGCAGCUGGUCACUGCUGCAUUUAGACCAGAUAACAAAACGUUGACUAAAGAGGCGUUAGAGACUGUGCAACAUCUUUUCACGUGGGCUCCCAUACAGAGGAUCCCGCCGCAAAUCAUAAGGGCCAUAUUUAGCUUCACCACCGUUUCUUCUUAUUCACAGGACGAUGAUGACAUGUGCGUUUUAGCCAUGUCAACUGUCAAUGAGCUGCUAUAUAGAAAAUGCACACCUCCAGAAACGCAAGAUUUUUAUUUUCAACUGUACCAUCAAACGGUAGAUCUACUCAAAGAAAUUACUAGUUCAGCAAAUAGGAUAGAUUCUUUAGAUCCCAUAUUUAUGGAAAAAUUAUCGGAGCUGUUAGUAUUAUUGAUAGAACAUCACCUUUGGAGACUGGAAUCUGAGCCUGGAUUUUCUGCCAUAGAGUUUUUAUCGCCUCUCUUUCAGUUGACCAUGCAGUUGCCCACAGUAAGAUGUUAUUUGUGUUGCUUGACUGUUUGGGCAUCGUUCGCCAAGCAGAUCAAACCGGAUAAUGCAAAAAAGUAUUCCGAUGUAUUUAUUACCUUGAUCACAGCUUUGUUGAAGAAAAUUCAGUUGACAUACAAUUCUUCGCAGUUAAAUCUCAUGAAUGACAUAGAUACAGAUGAAGAUAAUGAAACCGAAUGGCAAAUAUUUCUAAAAACUACUAUAGAAAUAAUAGCCAUAAUAGCUGAAUACGCACCAGCGGAGACAUUUGGACUUGUGUUGUCUCCAUGGAAAAUAUCACACGACAUAUUUCGUAGUUUGGAACAGAACCUAGACUAUCAAAACCCGUCGUUAAAAUUACAAAUAUCUGAAACCGAGAGACUGUGCUACGUUUUUAAGGAUUUUUCAUCACUCACGCAAACACUCACUAGAUUAUCAUCAAUUUACAUCGACCAAGCUAGCGAUGGUGGUCAAUCACCCAUUCCAGUCAUGAAUAGCGUUUUAGAAAAAAUGUUGGAAAGUGCCUCUUUGGCCAAUAAGGCCAAACUUUACGAACUAAUAUUAAGGGAGAGCGAUUCUAGGUUAAUCACGAGCUUUAUAGAAGUACAUAGCCAACUUCUUUCAUCGGUCAAAACUCUUCUCACCUGGACCACUCAGAAGAACACACUAAACAAUCACACAAUAAAAAUGAUACUGGAUUUGACACUUCCGGUCCUAAGAGGGAACUAUAACACGGUACCGUCUAAAAUUCGCCAUGCCGCUGCGCACCUGUUAUUGUCCUUCACCGAUCUAGUCUUCGCUCCAACUCUCAUCGUAAUCCCUGCUAUGGUUCAGUUUAUACACAUCGCCCCGAAUUUGAAGUUUUCCGAUAAGCAUACGAAUUGCAUAGUGAAUAACGCUGUGGCUAAUCUGCUGCUUAAACCUUGGGGAGAGCUGAGCCAAGAAGACGCGGUGCAGAGGAAUCUCUUUAUUGGAACGUUUUUUGAAAGUCUGACAAAAGAUUUUAGGGAAUUGACAUUGGACACACGAGAAGAUCGAAUGCAAAACGUCGUCGAAUCCGUACUACCCUCUUUAUCUGUGAUAGUCGAAAGCUGCAGACAUUUCCCCAUAGCUUCUAAGAAACUUCUCACCGCCUCCUUGAAACCGACAAUACAACACGGACUCUUUCUAUUCCCAUCUCUAGUCAGGUAUAAGGAAGUCAGCAAUCACGUACUUACAUUCUUUCUAAACGUAAUGGGAGUGCUGCAACAGCAAUUGGGGGUCGAUGAGACUAAGAACGCUGUGCAGGUGUUCAUGCAAGUUACAAUGAACGAACGCCAGCCAAGCUCCCUUUGCGGCUUAGACAAGUUGUUGCAAAUUUUGCAACUAGUCGUCGAAUCACCAGGAAACGGUUACAAAACGUUUCUACCCGGCAUUCUCCAAUUAUGCAUGGAAAAUAUUUAUCCUUUGAUAGUUUCGCAAGGUGGUAACUCUCCUGACGUUUUUGUAGCGUUACUUACCUUAUUGUAUAGUAUAUUACUUCACCGUUGGCAGUAUUUCUAUGUUUCGCAAGUGAGAUUAGGGUAUUCCCCGGGCUGUAGUGACUCCGAUGCGGGCGUCGAACAUCCCCAAAAACCAGAACAACUCCUCGCCGUACUGCAGGUGUUCGGACAAGCUCUUCUACAACAAGAUAUGAAUAUCUUUAGGAUAAGUCUAGCGGCACUUGAAGAUCUCAACACCAAAUGGAAGUUAUAUCACAAAAUACUCUUCAGGUAUCACCUCCUCUCCGAAUUUUUGACUGUUCUUUUUAACUGCCUGUUGGACAAAUCUCAGUCGUCACUAUCAGACGACGUACAAAUGGCGGUGUACAACAUGGCGGCUGUGAAUUUCACCGGAUUCUAUACAACAUUCCUUAGGAAGUUUGUGGAAAGUUUGGAGGGUGUUUCCCAUCAACAGCAAGAAGUUUUACUGAGGAAUUUUCAACAUAAUCACGAUACAGACAUGCCCACAUUUGUACAUAAUUUACAGAGUUUUGUAAAUGAAGCCCGGCAUUAUAGAAUGUGCAAUAUCGGUACCUCUUUGCGUAAUUGUUAAACCACAUUCUAAGAACAUUAGAUAAGGAUUUUGUUUGAAAGACUUACAGAAUACUCUCUUAAGAAGUAUUUAUUUGAUAUUUUACAUCAUGAAUGCCAUUAUAUUUAUUUCGAGUACUUGUGAUAUUAAGUUAGUGAUUUUAAUGUUGUUAAAGAACUACUUUAUAUAAUU